AUGGUUUAUAAAGUUCUAAUUAUCAAUCCUAACUCCUCUAAAAAGGUAACGGAUAAUCUUACAAAGAUUCUUAUUGAACCUUUAGAAGUUAAGUUUUCUUUUUACACUGCACCAACUACAGCUCCAGCGGAGAUUACCGGUGAAAGUACGUCGAUAUUAUCAGAACAAGUAGUAUUACCAGAUCUUGUUUCUAAAGGAUUAGUCGAACAAUAUGAUGGUUUCCUUAUCUGUUGUUAUUCAGAUCAUCCAUUAAUCCACUCGCUUGGUAAAGUCACCGAUAAGCCUAUUUUAGGAAUUAUGCAAGCCACUUUACUUUAUAGUUUACUGAAUCCAUUUAUUACAAAACUGUUUAUUUUAACUAGUGUGAAUGAAUGGGAACCAUUAUUGGAUCAAGGAAUUAUUGAUUUUGUUGGGAAUGAAAAUAAUCAAUUUCCAAGUAAAAAGUUUGAAAGAACCAAGGGUCUUGAUGUUAGUGUUUUAAGUUUAAGUAACCCUGAGGAAUAUCAAAAGAUUUACAACAGAGUAGAUCUGAUCCUUAAUGAUGAAUACAAAGAUUCUGGAAUCAAUUGUGUGUUAUUGGGCUGUGCUGGUAUGGCUGGGUUAGAUGAGAAAUUAACACAAAGCUUUAAAGGUAUCCAAUUCAUUGAUAGUGUUAAAGUUGGAGUUGAGCUUUUAGCUGCUCUCAUUCGAUUUAAUGAGCAUCGUUAG